AUGGACGGAGGCCGGCGUGCGUUCGCCAUCCUGCUGUUACUCGCACUGGUCGGAUUCGCCUCCUGCUAUUUCAACGGUGCCGAGAACUCUCUGUACACGUUGGACGGCCUGGGCCUACCGCUGGUGCUGCCCGGCAGGUACCCGUCGAGUCGCAGCCACGCCAGGAACGUGGCCAAGUUCUACGGACACCCCGUUCUACCGAGGACGAGGUGGAUGACGGAGAGCUCGUACAGGUCAGUGGCCGUGUGCCGCCCUCGGCAGCUGUCUCUGUGCGACGACGUGCUGCCGUACAACUCGACGCUGCUGCCCAACCUGGUGGGAGACCGCGACCGCGUGUCCCUGGACCGGACGCUGCUCUUCUUCGCCCUGAUGCUCAAGACCGAGUGCAACCCGAGGCUCAAGCAGCUCCUCUGCUCGCUGCUCGAGCCGCCCUGCCGCGGUGGCAGGACGCUGCUUCCGUGCCGAAAGUUCUGCAAAGUGGCGACGGAGAACUGCCAGAAGCUGAUCCCGGCGACGCUGGCGUUGUCACGAGUGUUCGACUGCCGCCGCUACCCAGACUCGGACAGUCCUGGAGUUUGCCUCAACCUCGCCAGAAGCGCCACGUGCUUGCGACAGGAACACCAGUGUCCCGACCUGACGUGCAUCCCGAAGCAGUGGCGGUGCGACGGAGUCCGGGACUGCCCGCUGGCCGCCGACGAGGCAAACUGCACUGGCCGUGGCGCGUCCAAGGUUUGCAGUCACGAGGAAUUCCGCUGCGACUACCGCUGCAUUCCCAACACGUGGCGCUGCGACGGUGAACCGGACUGCCAGGAUGCCGCCGACGAGAGGCACUGCCCGCCAAAGCCAGUGUGCGGCACGGGACGGUUCCAGUGCCGGGACGGGUCGGGCUGUUUCCCGCAGCGCUGGGUGUGCGAUGGAAAGGCCGAAUGCCGGGACGGCAGCGACGAGCAGGACUGCACCAACAGGAAGUGCACGGCCGGCGACUUUCGGUGCGACAACGGCAUCUGCGUGCCUUCCCUGUGGCGCUGCGACGGACACGACGAUUGCCGAGACGGCAGCGACGAGCGUCACUGCGGCACUUACGUCAAAGUGAACGGCCGACCGAGUACGAAACACUGAAGCUGGGCAACCAAAGAAGACAUCGUGCAUCAAGGCCGGACAAGGACAGUCCCAAGACUGGCUCCACGGCGACCGUUCAUUGAACUCAGUUUUAUUUCCAUUCACGUGGGCCGGGGCGCGGAAACGUACGGAACUAAAAGAGCCACCGUUAAACUAAGAACCACUCUUCGGACAGACGUCGAAUGAGGUAAUCGUGCGGGUCAUCACACCAUUGUAACGCGUCCAAAACGCGCAAAGAAAACGAAGCCUGGUUCAGGUAGUGAAGCGAGGAAGUCGACAACGGAGGUCAACAAUGUGCAGGAGACAGUCGCAACGGCGCUGCUCACAAGCUAUCGGCGUUUGGGGUAACGCCACAGUCUCUUAUUGGCGUCCGCUUGGAGUCCUUUCGAUGAGGUUAUCCGAAUAGCACUUGGGGCACUUGUCCGUGUCCAUCAAGUGUAUGACCUUGGGAUGUUCACCGCAACUCCUUUGCACUCUACCCUUAAAGCUGCAGCAGCAGGUUCCACAAAAUACGACGGUCAUGGGCCGAUUGCACAGGCAACUCUGCUCCGAUGCCUGCGAGCAAGGAACGUCAACGCUCAGUACGAAAAAAAUAAUAAUAAAUGUGACAGACCUGAACGAUCGCAAAGAAACUUUAGUCGGUUACAGCCGAAGAAUAAAUGCAAGCUCCGCCUACAGCGGUCACCGUCCCAUCCAGGCAGAAUCCGCAUAUGCGCCCCACUGAAUGGCAGUCGCUUUUUGCAUGACGUUAGCUAGAUUACACAGAUUUGGGGCAUAUCACUUGCCCGUACAGUGACCAUGUUCAUUUCGCUAGUUUUAGGUUGAAAAUUUUUAUUUCUUGGCAAAUUUCAUUAAAAAUUCCCUCUUCACUGCUUUGGAAAACGUAACUUUUUAGCAAGAAACGACGAACUUCUAAUUUAUAAUAUGCGCAGUAUUUGCAUUACCAGCGAAAAUGUACUUAUGGUUAGAACGGAAAUCAUUUUUCCGUUGCCCAGAUGAUAGAAAGGCGUGCUGCAGACUGCAGUACUGGGGGCGGAGCAUGUAUUUAUUCGUAGGUUGCAACCGACUAUAAUAUGAAACAAGACUCGGUUAAUAUUGAUAAAUUGUACUCUGAGAACUCUCAACGGCGUUAAUGUUACCAACGUAGGUUUAGUAGUGGAAGAGGAAAUCGAGGUCAUAGUUAAAUUUUCGCGCCAAGACAUUCAGACAUGGCGUCGGUGAUUUCAAGUCUACGUCCUCCUUAGAGGGUAAUGCACUUAAUUUUUGCUGAUUGGAUCCACCCGCAUUGUCUUUUCGCGGCGAGCGAGGCGUACUUGAAAUGGCGAAAUUGUAAUUCACCGAUGUGACGAAAUCAUUUGUCCAUUUAGUGUCUCUAAGAGCUGUAGACGUCAAGAGUCGCACCCGAUCGUGCUGGCUCGUAGACGCGUGCCAAAACGGUGUUCGAAACGUCCCUCAUUUGACGGCCUAACAUUCAGCGAUCUCUCGGUGGCUCUUUCGAGUUUCGCUUCUCAGGCCCGUUCCCACGGGAUAUGUAAAGUACUACAUUAUGCACGCACAUUGUCAUACCGCGUACGCAUCUAUCAUCUGUGCUGGGUGCCCCGUAAAGGGCGGGGGAAUCGGGGAGCCAAAAUAAAUGUAUUUAAAUGUGAUAAACGGCGAUGGGCAACGAUUUGAGCAGUACCGUACUUCAUCCUGCUACGGCUCGUUCACAACUUCACAUUAACAGCAAUCAUUCACACGAGCCUCCAGCCUAUGUUUCCAUCCCGACACGCGCAUACAUUUUGAAAUACCUCGUCUACACAUUAAUACAACAAUGAGAGGCUUGCGCAUUGCUCAAACGUCAACCUUACCGAGCCACCUCGACCGAGAUCGUUCCAAGUAAACGUGACCUGUACAACUCCCAGCGAAUGUACGCAUACGUCAGUAGCCCUUGUUUCUCGACGCGACGUCGGCAGCAUCCCGAAAAGAAAUCGCGAAGCAGUGACAGUUCAACGAAGACAUGCAACCGUGUCGACCGGCCCAACAAAAGAAAUCGCAGCGAAGCAGUCACAACUACGGUCACUACAUGACAAGCGACGCUUACGUCAGGCUGGCCAAGAGACGCGACGUAAACACAAGACGACGCCAGGCACACGUGCGAAAGGUUGCACUUACCCGCGUGCUCCGGGCAGCUUCGAGAAUUGCGUCAGCGAGCGCGACUCGUCGAGACAUCACCAAGCCAGCAAAACGACCCCGUACAGGCAAACACCGUGCAAGGAGGCGUGCUCACGAGCGCUAAAAUAAAGAUAAAACGCACGCGGGCGCGACACAACACACAAAGACCGAGACAGGAAGUAACCGACGCGCCACCUGCGUACCAGCGAUUCGAAAACUACCGAUAGCAGCACGAGAUAUGCGACCCUUUCGAUUGCGUAACAGUGCGACAAUUCAAACGAACUCGUGCGACGGGGUUUGUUUUCAUAAAAUGAUAAACGAUGUGCUCCUCAAUAGUAAUUGACCGCUUACGAAACUGCCCGCGCACGAAACCGAACCUUAGACGCGAAUCCGAAACUUACGACCCACGCCCCUAAACGCAUCGACAGCGAAAGUGCUGUCAAUCAUUGUCAUCAUUUCCGAUAUACUGGCGAUGAAAUAGUGCCGAGCAUUGGGUUCAAAAUAAAGUACUUUUUUUAUUUAUGCAGGGUGAUUUACUUACAAACUGGCAGUGAACACAUGAAACACUUGUAGACGUCUAACAGCAUAACAAACACACACUAAGUAUGAAGGUAAUUGCCGCGUACAGUAACCAUCUUCGUCUUUCAGUGAAAGAGUUGUUUAGCAUGCAGAUUAUCUACGCCUCUAACUGCACUACACUUCGUUAACUGGGGGGCCGAAUUAUCAAAUAUCUUUUUAUCGAAGGUACCAAAAUGACCUUCAUGGCAAUUUAAAUUGAGAUAUCUGCAGGAUUUUUUUUACAAAUAGAAAUAACAAACUUUAGUAGAAAAAUCAGCUUUCUUUUUCUUUCUAUUCAGUGCAUAUGGCAUCCAACAGCAGCCUCAUAAAGCAAAACUCAAUAAACACAAACAAAAUUUGAUGCAAUUAAGAGAAGCACAUUUCAGUGGCAAUCACUUGCAAACGAAUUUAUUUGCAACGUUGAAGGGUAUGAAUUAUGACAAUCCAAGAUUAAAGCAAGGUAGACUUACUAUUUUUAGCUGCAAUACAAGAAUCGGCCAACAGUUGACAAGGUCCCUUCAAUGGUUCACGACAGUUUAGCAGCAUCUCGAUUCUAAAAACAGCCCCAUGAUAUAGUGGUGUACGAGGUACUUCUGCCUAAAGCAUAUUACUUUUAUCGGCUUCUCCUGCUUAGACUACUAAAAUAUAUUUUUGUUGAAAAUUUCUUUGUAAGUCUACUAUACUUUUAAGCUCAAAAUUUCAAUCUAUACUUUCCUUCAUAAAUAACUAGAGUUAGAUGGAAAGAAUUUGUCACAACGAAGUCAUUUUCAUUUCAAGUACGGCAGAUUUCACCCAUGUCAGUUAUGCCUAAUGCGCCGCUUCCAUAUUUCAUGUAAUUUAAUAUGGGUGGCCCUAGUAAAGCUUGCUAUUCAGUCUAUGGAAUGUUUAUUGAGAACACUAAUCAAGGAGCAGCAACUCAUUUACUAGCUCCCAACUUCAUGUGAUGUCUAGUUACAGGUGUAUAAUGAGUAUGAAAAGUGUAGAAGCCAUGGCAAAAUACCUUUCUGCUACGCAUAUAUCGGCAAUAAUUCAUUUCCAACAGCUAUACAAUUAUCUCGUCACACUCAAUCCAUCCUGCAAUUCUAUUGAGAUCACUAGUUAUGUCACAUAACCACAAGCAACACCCAUCCGUACUCUCGCAGCGAGCACUUCCUCCGAAAAUUCUCUUAAUGUACAAAAAACGCAGAUGCAAUUAAGCUCUUAACCUCACAAAAUGACAGAAUUGUUACCACUCACAACAACAUCAUUGGAAUUUCAAUAGUCUUAAAAACCUGCCGUGCAAUUCCAACAUCAACAAUUUCCACAGUCUUCUAGAAACAACAGCCUAUGCGAUUCGCCUGAUUCCUUGAGCAACAGUUUCUCGAAACCUCAUCACUGUUCGAGAAGUACGAGGGCGACAGACAUAACGCUUGUUGAGAGUUGCCCAUACUUCAACAUCUGUGGCUCUAAAUAAAUAAGUGCUCACUUCAAAACGCUUUCUACAAAGACAGGUGAACCAGGAGUUAUUUACAUGAAAGCACACUGAUUCUGCAACACUUUCAGAGCCAACCACAAAACAGGCUUACUAGGCAGUAACAUCUGUUGCAAUGCACAUGAACUUCGUGCAGUGGAAAGUUCCUCAAACCUUUUUCACUGUCUGCCAUACAAGAUACAGCAAUGUGAAUGGGCAAAACCCCCCAAAAAAUAAGAAUAGAUAUGAUCACCCGUCAGAGCACGAAAACAAAAUGAUACAGGUAAAAUAUUCACACAAGUACUUUCAAAGAUUCUCCCAGACAGGCAACUAAUGGAUUCGGGGAGGUCGCCAUUCGAAAUAAUUGUACUGAAAUGAACGCUAACAGAAUGAAUUUUAGCGAAGGAAUUAAAAUGUGAUCAUUUGUUCUCUUAUACUUCAUGUUAAAAAAACUUCUGUAUCAAUCACAAAAUUAAAAAAAAAGUGGAGCCCAUUCACACAACUAUUGGUUAUGCAGAACAAUACUUAUCAGAGUACAGCAAUAAUAUGCAAACUAUCAUUAAAAAAGCUACUCACAAAUGCUCCCCUUCUAAGCACUUUACUGAGCUGAAUGAAAAUUAAACCAUUUUUAGUGCUUGCACUAUGGACUGAACAACAAUUAGAGCAAAAAUGCGCAACGACACCACAACAAAACGUACACAGCCAUGUCUCAAGUAUGGCUGCAACAACUGCUAGCAUCUACUUAUAUCUGUGCAUGCUUCCCAUCUUAAAUUUUGAAAGUAUGCUCCAAUUCUGACUUCAUUUGUUGUAUCGAGGUUUGACUCCAUUUUGUACAUAUCUAAAUGCUAUUCAACACUUCAGUUAUGCAUCAAUGUAAUCUAGAAGCAUAGAAACCAUACAAAAAAUCGAGUUCC